AUGCCUUUCACGGCAGAAGAAGCGAGUUUGUUCCAUUUUGAUGGAGAAACAUUCGAUUUCAAUCUCCGGUUCGAGCAUCUUUUCUUCUCCAUCCUUCCCUCGGCCCUGUUCAUCCCGACUUCGCUAUGGCGCACUCUUUGCCAGGCGCGGAAGCCUACUGUGGUGGACGCCCGGGGCUUCCAAUUAGCGAAACUGAGUGCGAUUGUGAUCUAUGCCGGGCUGGAGCUGACACUUCUCGUCCUGGCCGCCGCCAAAACCAUCCCUACAAAUAGCAUGUUCAUCGCCUCUUCUGUCCUUAAUCUAAUGUCUGCAUUCUGCAUGGUCUCUCUAAGUCUUCUAGACCAUAGCCGCAGCCCACGGCCAUCCUUUCUUUUGAACAGCUACUUGCUACUCACGCUCAUUUUCGAUAUAGCGCAGACAAGGACCCUGUUUUUGUCAUCUGUUGGCAAGCCUGAGCUGACAUACAGCAGCAUAUUCUGUGCAGCCAUCGCGCUCAAAGCGGGAGUCUUGCUCUUGGAGGCUUACCAGAAGACUAGAUGGGUUACUUGGGACGCGAAGAAACACAGUCCGGAGGAGACUAGUGGAGUUUUCUCCCUGGGUGUUUUCUUCUGGCUGAAUAGACUGUUUCUGUUGGGAUAUAAAACUGUCCUUAAGAGCGAAACUCUCUACCCUCUUGACAGCUCCUUUAAUUCCGAAGCCCUUCAUGAGCAGUUCGUAAAUAAUGUGGAUUACUCCAAGCUCAAAGGCGACAAAUUCGGUCUUCUCAAGGUGUUGAUACGCACAUUGAAACUGCAACUUAUCAUUCCAAUUGUGCCUAGGCUUGCACUGGUUGGGUUCACCUUCUGCCAGCCCCUUUUCAUCGAGAGGCUGUUAGUAUAUCUCUCCCAGCCGGAAGCUGACCCAAAUAUCGGUUAUGGCCUUAUCAGCGCCAGCGUAUUCAUCUACUCUGGGAUGGCGAUUUCCUGGGCGUUGUGCUGGUACUAUCAGCAUCGAUUACGUACUAUGGUACAGUCGAUCCUUGUUGCAGAGACCUUUGCAGGCGCCACAAGAUCUCGUCUCGGAUCGAACGGCGAUGGUGCUGCUCUGACCCUAAUGAGCACGGACAUGGAGCGCAUCAAAUCGGGAAUCCGUGAUGUGCACGAGAUAUGGGCGAGUAUCAUCCAAGUGGGUCUUGCAGCUUGGAUGUUGUUCCAGCGGCUUGGUGUCGCCUUCGUCGCAUCCAUAGGGGUAGUUAUAGCCUGUUCCACCGGGUUAGGGAUCCUAGUCAACUUCACUGGUGAUUCGCAACGAGCAUGGAUGUCUGGCGUGCAGAAACGGGUUGGCCUAACAGCCACCGCAAUCGGUGGUAUGAAAUCGCUGAAGAUCGCUGGCCUGUCCACGGCUGUGAGCGAUUACAUCCAGCAGCUCCGCAUCGACGAGCUCGCAGCUGGUGCUCGUUUCCGCAAGAUAUCCAUCAUUGCAGCCGUCUUUGCGUGGUUGCCUCAGAUUAUCAGUCCUCCGUUGACUUUUGCAGUUACUCGUCACACACUUGAUGCGUCGACCAUGUUCACCAGCCUGUCAUUCUUGUCGCUACUGUCGAGCCCCCUCUCUCGGGUUUUCCAGUCCAUUUUUGAUCUUAUUUCCGCACUGGCCUGUUUAGGCCGGAUCCAAGCCUUUUUGGAGGGCGAUUGCCAUCAUGACUUCCGCCAGAAUCUGGCUGAGCAGUGGCGGGAUGCAGAAAAGCGACAUGACCCUGAGAGCGCUCCUCAUCCCUCAGACUCCAUUGCCAUCAUAAACGCAAGCUUUGGCUGGAAGCAAGACAAGACUGUCUUGCAGAAAAUCAGCACUCAAAUUCCUCGCGCAUCACUUACAAUGGUCAUCGGACCAGUGGGCUCGGGCAAAUCAACAUUAUGCAAGGCCCUUUUAGGCGAGAUCCCAUUCAGCGAUGGAAGUGUAACCAUGAAUACUCAGCUCAGGCAUGUUGGCUUCUGCGAGCAGACGCCCUUUCUUUGGAAUGGAACAAUCAGGGAUAAUAUCGUUGGAUAUUCUCAAUUUGACACCCGGCGAUAUACCGACGUCAUCAAGGCGACUGCACUGAGUGUCGACCUGGCGACGCUGCCACAAGGCGAUGCAACAAAUAUCGGCUCUGACGGGGUCGCUCUCUCAGGGGGGCAGAAGCAACGGGUGUCUCUCGCGCGAGCACUCUAUCUGGAUUCGGAUCUGUUGAUAUUAGAUGAUGUUUUUAGCGGCCUGGAUGCCGAUACGGAGGAGCAAGUAUUUCAGGAUGUUUUUGGCAAUGAUGGUCUGCUUCGAAGUCGCAAAUCAACGGUGGUGAUAUGCACACAUAGUGUCAGGCACCUUCCAGCGGCAGACUAUAUUAUCGCCCUCAAUGACGGCCGUAUCGUCGAACAAGGCUCUUUUAACAGCUUAUCUACCCGUCCAGGGUAUGUCCAGCGAUUGGGAUUCAAGACUGGUUUGGAAACUACCACCAACGCGGCGUCUAGUCCCAAGCGGAAACCUGCAAGUACGGCAUCGAAGGGCGGCACAUCAUUACCUGUUACACAGGGCCCAGAGGUAGACGCAGUGCGUCAAGUCGGUGAUGCUUCUGUUUACAGGCAUUAUAUCAAGAGCAUGGGAUGGUUCGUCGCAGGGUGUGGUUUGCUCUUCGCAGCGCUAUGGGGCCUCUUUACCAAUUUCCCUACAAUAUGGCUCACGUACUGGAGCGACGCAGGCACCUCCGGAUACCAGUCGCACUCGCACGCUUACUAUGCAGGGAUUUAUGCGCUGCUCCAAGUCUCAGCCAUUAUUGCUCUGCUCCUACUUGGCAUAGCGCUCUUCAUCGUAUCUGUCAAGAAGGCAGGUGCCAAGCUGCAUAAGCAAGUCCUGCAAACCUUGAUGAAGGCACCCUUGUCGUUCCUUACCAAGACUGAUACCGGCGUUGUGACAAAUUUGUUCUCUCAGGACCUGAAUCUAAUUGACACUGAAUUACCCGACGCGACAUUGAAUACGCUAUUUUGCACAUUUCAAUGCCUCGGGCAAGCGGCUGUGAUGCUCACAUCGUCACUGUAUUUGGCUAUCAGUUAUCCCAUUCUCGGUGGACUGCUCUACGGCGUGCAAAAAUUCUACUUGAGGACCUCCCGCCAGUUGAGACUGCUCGAUUUGGAGGCGAAGAGUCCAUUAUACACGCACUUCUUAGAUACUAUCAAAGGCAUCGCCACACUGAGAUCAUUUGGUUUCCUCACUGACGACAUCCACAAAAAUGCGCAAUUAAUCGACUCGAGUCAACGUCCGGCCUAUCUUCUCCUCAUGGUCCAGGAGUGGCUGAACCUAGUUCUUAACCUCGUAGUGAUGAUAAUAGCAGCUGUGUUGACCACUCUGGCCGUGUGCAUGAGAUCCAACUCUGCCUUUGCCGGUGCAUCCCUAUUCUCCUUGAUGAGUUUCGGUAGCAAUCUAUCCGGGAUUGUCAUAUACUACACGAAGUUGGAAACUUCCAUAGGUGCAAUUGCGCGGCUGAAGACGUUUAAUGAGACAGUGGCUCCAGAGGACCAGGACAAUGAGGAUAUUGUUCCGGAUGAAAACUGGCCGGAGUGCGGGAUGGUCGAGUUGAAGGGGGCAUCUGCACGAUAUGGACCAAAGAGCGACGACAAUAAUACCGAAAGCGAAAUCCCACUGGCCCUAGACAAUAUUACCCUCACAAUCCAACCGGGCGAAAAAGUCGCCAUUUGCGGACGCACAGGCAGCGGCAAAUCAAGCCUCCUCGCCCUUCUGCUCAAAAUCCUCGAUCCCCUGUCGACAGCAACAGGGGAAUCCCAAAUUUCCAUAGACAACACUCCAUUAGAUAGAAUCGACCGCAGGACCCUCCGCCAACGCCUCAUCGCCCUCCCACAAGACCCCGUAUUCUUGCCUGACGGGUCCACCUUCCGCACGAAUCUAGACCCCUCUCACGCUGCUACUGCCGCUGAGUGUCAAGCCGUGUUGGAAUCAAUCGGAUUAUGGGAUUUUGUCCAGGUGCGAGAUGGUCUCGAUGCGCCUUUUAACACGGGGACAUUCAGCGCUGGACAGAAACAGCUCUUUUCGUUGGGGAGGGCACUGUUGAGGAGGAUCAUUCGGGGUAGGUCUUCGUCUCAUCCAGGUGUUGGAAACGGAAAUGGAGGCAUUCUGCUCCUUGAUGAGGUAAGCUCGAGUGUAGACCGGGAAACCGAAAGAGUGAUGCAGAUGAUCAUCCAGGCGGAGUUUAAAGACUAUACUGUGAUUGCAGUCAGUCAUCGGCUGGAUAUGAUAAUGGAUUUCGAUAGAGUGGUCGUUAUGGAUCAGGGAUCAGUUGUGGAAGUUGGAAACCCGGAGACGCUGAAGGGCGUGCCUGGGUCGAGGUUUGGGGAGUUAGUUGGGGCUGCGAUCUAG